UGGGACUCUUAAAGUUAUUUAGAUCUUGGGGAUGAAUAAGAAAGUAAGGUUUGAGGUUUAAUAGUGAUGUGUUUUUGUGUCAAGUCGACAAGGAUUCAAUUGUACUGGCUGGUUCUGUGUGUCAACGUGAUACAAGCUGGAGUUACCACAGAGAAAGAAGCUUCAGGUGAAAAAAUGCCUCCAUGAGAUCCAUCUGAAAUGCAUUUUCUCAAUUAGUGACCACGCCCCUUGUGGGUGGUACCAUCCGUGGGCUGGUAGUAUUGGGUUCUAUAAGAAAGCAAUUGGAGGAAACCAGGCUAAGCAAGCCAUCCCUCCAUGGCCUUUGCAUCAGCUCCUGCUUCCUGACCUGCUUGAGUUCCAGUCCUGACUUCCUUUGGUGAUGAACAGCAAUGUGGAAAAUAUUCGCCUAGGUUGGCAGGUUGCAAUGACCCAACCACAAACGGUUCCCAUUUGUCUUGUGGAAAACCACAAUGAACAGCUGACAGUGAACCAGAAAGCCAUAGAGAUUCUGGACAGGAUUUCUCAGCCAGUGGUGGUUGUGGCUAUUGUUGGAUUGUACCGUACAGGGAAGUCCUAUUUGAUGAACUGUCUGGCGGGACAGAAUUGUGGCUUCCCUCUGGGCUCCACUGUGCAGUCUCAGACCAAGGGCAUCAGGAUGUGGUGUGUGCCACACCCCACCAAGCCAGAGCAUACCCUGGUCCUCCUGGACACUGAGGGCCUGGGGGAUGUGGAAAAGGUUGGAUGAGGCUCAGGCUAGCCCUUCUGACGCCUUGUCAUCUACCUAUGAUCCAUCUGUGAAUUCUCACUGAACUGCAACAGCUGAGAUAAAGAGUGCUCUGUUUAGACUUCAGUCUGAGAAGGUUACAUGUAUCCUAAUAGGCAAAACAUUGGGGCCUCCUAUUCUGCCCCAUUAGUGUAUAACCUUGUUUUUGUUGUGAUCAUACUUUAAGAAUACUCAUUGAUACAUGUUAAUUGUAUAAGUGAAUGGGAGUCACCAUGAUAUUCCAAGACAGACAGUGUCCACUGCAAUCUCCAUUUGCUCCUCUUGUAUUACCUGUUAAUAGCACUUUGAAAAAGGUUUUCAUUUAAACCAUGCUGUUCUGAUUACUAGAGCCUGAUUU